GUUGCGUGCUGGAGAACCAUCGAUACUGACAUAUUUACUAUAUUGUAACUAUAUGAUUUUCAUUUUUGCACUUCGUCAAAAGCAAAAUAAUAUGCGCGAGCAAAUUCGAACUAAGCACACGCAGAGGUAUAUGUAGCCAGCUGCGUGUGGAUGGCUUGCAACGCGCCGACACCGAGGCGCAUAUGCUACAUGUCCUACAUGUGCUCCGCGGCUGCGCGCGCGCCCCGAAAAAUUUUGAGACCCUGACGCUGUGAGACCUAAAGGAAAGCAAUUCGCGCUACGAAAUCUUGUUGGCGAUUCUGCUAAGGGAAAGCAAAUCGCGUUGGCGAUUCUCUAGGAUCGAGAAAAAAGCACACACAUUGGCGAUUCAGAUCCGCAAUGUUUUUGUAGAUCUUCCCUUCUCCCGGGGGACCCGCCAUCUCCGGGGGAUCCAUGCUCCAGUCCCCCGGGGACGGGAUCCGCUCGGGCCUCGGGGAAUCCGCCCUUCCAGGGUGGGUCGGCCUUCCCCUGGGGGCCCCUCCGCCUGUUCCCCAGGGGGAUCCUCCUCGAGCAGGAUCCGCCCCUUCCCCGUGGGCUCCGCUUUUCCACAGAUGAGGCCUCCGCUUUUCUAUUCUUUGCCGGGAUCUGCCUUCUCUCCAGGGGGAAUACAAAAAGAGGCUGACCAGACAAGAAUCAGGGCGAUGCUCUUGGCGGGUGGAUUAGCCAAGAGUGUUGCGCCAGUUCUGUAGCCUUUGACUGCGGCGCCACCCAUCCCGCGGUGUUUCGUUGUGGUAUGUGCUGACCCCGAUGAUUGGGCCGCAGCGUAUUUUCACGCUUGUGGAUAUGGGCCCUGCGGCUUUUUUAUUUUUUGUGUUCUUCCAACGGCGGGCCGGUUGGUCCGUCUGCUAGCUAGCUUUCUCCGGGUGCGGGAUCGGGAGAAAUGCGAAACAUCGCGAAAAUUAAAGAAACGCGCGAAGCGAAGGCAGGACGGGCGCCGCCCGCCUGCGGGCUCGUCCACGACCUAGCUCGAGGCCGCGGCGCGCGUCGGGAGCAGCAUGGCCAGGAGGGAGAGCCUGGCCGCGCUACGUCUCUCUGCCCCCUACUUGUAUUGCUGUGGGGCAAUGUGCUCUCCCGCUCUGCAGUUUUUUUCUUGACUCGUUGAAAGUGUUGUAAAGAUGGAAGCUCAGGAGCAACAGGAGCCUGGUACGGUACCCGGGUCGCAUAGGUGGUAAAGAAAGGCGGCCCCAGUGGAGAGAAGCAAGGGCGAGUGCGUGCGCGUAGCUUUGGCGCGUUUCGGUGUGUCGGGUAUCAGGGACAGAAAUCGCCAGGGGCCCGGAUUUGGGGCAAACGAAGAAAAGCGGAAACGCGGAAAGAGGAAAUACUUAUAUAAAGCACCGGGACAGCAGCUCGCCCCGGCGCCGGAUUUCAAAACGGGAGCGGCUUCUGGGGGAGCCCCACCCCACCGCCCGCCCGCGCGCGCCCGCCCCCUGCUCGUGGCGAAGGCCUUCAGUCCCAGCCAUGCAGUCGGCGUCCCCCCCUCGUGAACCCCGCGUCGCUUUUUGCCCAUGUUUACAGGCACUCCCGGGGCGCGCAUUGUCACGAAACACGGCGAUCGAACCCUGCGGCCCUCGCUCGUGACCCCCGCCACCUUUGUAGCCGUAGCUACCCGUCGCGGCCAUGGCGGUGGGUAGCCCGCGCACUCGCUCUCCCUCCCCCCCGCGUUGCCCCGAAGCCACUUGGCGCUUUCUGAGUAGAAAAGCAGCAUGAGCCCCGGGACGUGCCUCGUGACCCUCGUGGUUCGUUUGAAAGACUUGAAACAAAGUAGCUCUGCGGCGUCCUCGGUGGGCUUCCAGCCACACUUGAGUGCCGUCAGUCUGCGAAGAGCAAGAAUUGAGGCCCUAUGUGUAGUUGGUGACGCGAGAUCUUAGGACCCCGCCGGCAUGAACGCUCUAGCCUGGCUGUCGAUGUCCUUUCUUCUAGGUGAGGCACGCUCAUUCAGGCCGUCCGGCAGCAGCAAAAUCGCAGGACGCCUCAACGAACAACGGGCGCGCGCGCGAUCACGUAAGAGGACUCCACGGCCUACGCGACUGCUUGAAGAAGUUCGAGAAAAGGGUCCACGGCGAUUGGUAGCAGAGCUGCAGCAAGCGCCCAAAAAAAUCUUGAGGCGCCCGCGUAGUCAUGGUGUGUCCUCUUCUAGAGGUGCGAAUUUGCCGCAACUCCUGCUGGGUGGCCGGCGCUAUCCUGUGCAAAAGUAUCGCACCCGUUUAUGCCUAGCCGUAUUGCUGUUCAUGAGCUCGCUUAGAUUUAGAAGCUGGCGGGAGGUUGGCGAGAUGAGUGUGGCGGUAAGAAAUGGCGCUGAGUCGGGGAGAAGUGGCAGGGCGUUGGUGUUGGCGUCGCUACCGCCCCGGCCUAGUGGCGUGGCGCGUCACUUCGCCGCGGCGAGUGGUAUGGAGUGAGGCCGCCCCCGAACGGCUCGAGCCCUGGAGCUUUCUCGGCAUUUCCCGUCAAUAAGGCCGGCCGGCAGUUUGAGCACCUAUGGAGCUUUUUUUUGUAUGGAAGCAAAUCAGGCACAGCAGCUUGCGCGGCCCCUGUGCCAACGUUUCGUGGCGGGGGACAAUCGCCCACCGGCCUAAAAGGCGACAAUAGCGGGCCAGCAACGUCGGCGCCCUUCUCAGGCGCCCGCCGCGUGAGAUUCCGGCGCGCGCGCGAUUCACUUGGACUGCCCAAAUAAAGGGCUUCCAAGAUGAAAUUGCGCGCAAAAUCACCACAGCGAAGCCGAACGGCACGGCCGCGAUUUUGGGGUCUUGCUUUCAUUGAUUUUGGGCGACGGCGAAGCCGGCCGCCUUUUCGCCAGGUGGUGCGUGGUUGCCCUGGUGUUGGGAAGCUCCUGAACGAGCGUGGUCCCUUCGUGAAAAAUGGGCCGCAGAAAAAAAAACGCGUCAGCGUUAACGCUAGGCCGCGCGCCGUGAUAUGGUUCCUUGAGUAUUUUCGAAAGCAUCCAUUUUGGAAGAGCGCGCCCAUUGAAUUGUGGCGGAAAAGUCGGCAAGCGCCGCUACUUUUGCCAGCGCACUUCUUGGGGGGGUAAAAAAGAAAAGUUUGCGGGGAGUCGCCUAGGCCUAAUUCUGAACGCGCAGCCCGUCGCCCCGUCGAUCCCACAAGAGGCGCGGGAGGCCCGUUGUCAAAAGACGCCAAGAGUAAGGCCUGGAAUGAAAGGUCGCAAAGACUUCAGGAUGUAUUUCGGCAUGUAGACUCUCGAGCGCCCUUUUGUGAGCCCGCUGGCGCGCUGAAAAGUGGCCGGGUCGCCUCCGGGGCCGGGCCCCGACGAGGCCGCUCAUUGCCAGGAAAAGGGGGCGCGGCCAGCGGGGUGGUCGGGGCGGGGGGGUGCAUUUUUGCCCCUUUCGGACCCCCCCUUCCGGGCACCCCUUCGUGGUAGCUUCGACACAGCCUAUGCCGACCCCCUAAUCCCCAUUGGAGACUGCCGACUUUGCGUGCCCAUAAAUGGCAGCUUCGACACAGCCUAUGCCAACCCCCCUCCCCCCCCCUCCGACACACCCCCCAGGAAGGACUUGACUGCUGGCGCCCCCGCGUUCGCAGUAUCCGGGUGGAGAGGGAAGAGCAAAAUAUGCUUGGCCGCGUCCAGAAUUAGAUCCGGAAGAGGAGGCACGGUUGUCCCUGUCAGGAGGCCUCAGGAAGGCCUGUGCAUCUUCAGCAAACCAAAGUGCUGCGGACUCAUCGAAAAAAGGAAAGGGCCGGACGGCGGACAGGGACGACGAAGAGGGGCGCCAGCAUGCACGUGGCCAACAAAAAAGAGCGGGCGCUGUCCCCCCAAGAGUAAAACUGUUUUUGCCACCGUAAAAGUGAUGGCAUUUGCCGACGUUACCGCCCUAAUUGAGGGAGUGAGAGAGUGAGGGAAGCGCUUGCCCGUUGUUUCUCGUGCCCGAAUUGCGUUGCUUGUGAAAUUGCAGGCGUCGCUACAACGUGGCCCCGCUGGUGUGUUCGUGUUGCCUUGCGCCGCAACAUCACCCGGCCCCGCCUCGCCCUUCAGCCAGCCUCUGAAGGCCGUCCGGUUUGGUUUCCGGCGAUCCCGAAACACUUGCCACGGGCUGCGGAUAUUCAACGAGAACGCCUCCGGGUGAUUCGCCGGCUCGUGCAGCCGCUCAGCAGAUCGAUGAGUGUGGAGGAAAGCCGGCAAUCUUUGAGGGCAGCCGCUUACGCUUGAAGGCGGUCAAGAUAAUUGGAUGGUGGCCAAGAUAUUCUGACGCCAAUCAGGCAACUUGGGACGGCAGUCGAGCAAUUUUUGACGGCAGUCAUGCACUUUGCGACGGCAGUCCGGCGAUUUUUGACGGCAGUCGCGCAAUUUCGAAGGAAGUCAAGUAAUCUUGAAGAGGGUAACAAAGCAGCCAGCUUCCGCGCCCCCCCCUGUUGUAGUCGAACGCAAGCCAACUUGGCUUGCAUUCGAUUGGUUUUUGACUUUCUUCAAAAAUACCCUGACUAUUUUCUGACCUGCCGGGCUUUCGCUUCACGUUCCAGCGCUCUCCAGACUCAACCUGCAGCCAAUUGGCGCUGCCUCGCUCGUCUCUUUUCGGCUUCUGGCGACCACCUCGCGCAAAGGGCCCGGGGUGCGCGGCCCUUCGGACCGCCAAGAGUGUUUUUGUAGCUGCGCCCACAGGUGGACUGCCGGCCCUUCUCUUUUUGUGGGAAGCGCGGCUGUGGUCAUUGUUUAGCAGUGGGGGCCGUUGUUUUUGUUAGCGGGCUGCACAUCCACGGCGUAUUUGCAAGCUACAUCCUGCUUUUCGUUGGCAGUGGCGCCUGUCGCGUUUUUGUCGCGUGCAACCACCCUAACAAACCGCGAGCGACCCGGGAAGCAAAGAAAUAUCGCGCACGCAGGGACGCGGCGACUGUUUUGCGUGCCGUCGCGCCCCUGUUUUGGUUGUCGACCGAGGGGCAGGGGAAAAAAAGCUCCGGAGGCUGCUAAGUGGAGGGGGCCCAUUUGCAAAAUGCAAAUGGCCCGUCUUCGCAAAUUCGCCCAGUGCUCCACGAACUAAAUCACACGACGAGGCUGCUACGUGGAGGGGGCCCUUUUGCAAAAUGCAACUGGCUCGUCUUCGCAAAUUCGCCCAAAGUGCUCCACGAACUAAAUCACACGACAACGGCAGACGCAGGAAGCAAGCCCACACGCUAGGCGCCCGGCUGUUCUUCGUUUUAUUUCUGGAGCCCCCCCCGCCCGCACCCGCGGUGCCCGCAUCGGGCCCAUGGCGUCGGGGCUGGUCCCCAGAGGGAAAUGCUGCAAAUUUAAACGCGCAAAAAUUCGCGGCGUUUUUCUUUUUGAAAUGGGCACCAUUCCGUUCGGCGUCACGUUACAGCGGGUCCGCAAAAGGAAAAGCGGGCCCGCGGCCGGGGCGAAGUCAAGAACGAGAGCGCGAUCGACCUCACCUCCGCUGUGGCGUUUAUAUUUCUUUUGCUUUUAUUUUUAUUGGCCAACGCCAAGCAGAUCGGGCUCGGGCCUCAUUACUCAGCAGAAGUUUUUAAAAGUUGGUGGUUGGAUUUGAAGAAUACUCGUGAGCGAACUUUUUUGCAGCAGAGAAAAAGUCGAAAACGGGGCCGCUCUUUCUAUUCUUUGCAUUGCCUUCAGUCCCCCUUUUCGGUGUUUGGCUGUGUUUCUGCCCUGUUGUUUGCAUGCCAUUAGUGGACUUAUAUGAGUGCGAUAUUUUUGUAUUUGCACAGAAUAAGCGCUGGGACAGUUUUGCAGACGGGUACGCGGCGCCCUUCAAUCCCUUUAUGCAAGAAAAGAUGUAUUAUUUUCACGACCACGAACACUAUCACGACUACGGUCUGCCUCCAUGUUGUUGCAGAUGCAUGACUGAGCACGCAGGGGGAGCACAAGGGUCUUGCUUGCGCGACACUGUCAAGAUCGAUGCGCACGACAAGAACGACAGUGAGCGCCUUGAAUGGUCUCUGUGGCUCGUCGUGAAAUUGUUCUGUAAGUGCAGUAGCUCUUUGCAUGUGUUCGUCCUUAAUAUGGGACGGACAGAACGUUUAUUCUCAACUAAUUUUUUUUUUUCGAUGGGGCGCGCCGAUACCUAACUCCCAUGCAUGGAUGUUUGUAGAUGCUUUUAAAUUAGGCGUCGUCUAGCUAGUGAAGUAAGUAAACUAAGAUAAGUAGCUAAAGACACAAGGAGCCGGAGGUGUAGCAGAUCGGGCUGGCUCGCUCUUCGUGGAUGCAUCCACAAAGAGACAGCCGAUGCCGGAGGCUGUUCUGCUCCUUGUGUCUUUAGCUAUCUUUUUUAUCUACUUUACUAGCUAGUCGACGCCAUUAGAGAUGUUGAUGCAUGCAAAUGACACCGCAGUUGCCGAUGCUUUUCCGCCCCUUUGAAAAAAAAAAAUCAGUUGAGAGUAAGCGUUCUGUCCAGGCCAUACUUAAAAUUAGAUGGCUAUCCAUUCAUAGGCUUUUUCAGUGUUAAUGAGACGCCCCCGCAGUCGUGACGCACUUUUUCCAUCUGAUCUCCUCGCGGCUCGAGAUCGCAACUCAAACUCUUCCCGACCGCAACUCAGCUUCUACCAGCAUCCAGGCAUGGGCAGCAACCGCAACGCCAACGUCGACCCCUGGGACUGCGCGACUUGCCCGGUGGAAGCGGAGAAUGCUUGGAAGAACGAGACGGCGACGAUGGAUGUUGCUUGGUAAAAGUACGACGGAGAGAAUCUACGGCAGCCACUUUCGCGUGUCAACCCGGUAUCGUGACAUCAUGGAGCUGCAUCAGGCCUUUCAUGCCUUUCUUGCUUCGCCACUUUUUGCCAACGCCCUCGGCGGACAGGCUUGCCCAUACUCCCUCGGGUUCGGCAGUCUUCUUAGUUACGAGCGGCAUCAGGGAGUUUCCCCGUACGCAAAUGACGGCGAUGUUUUCGUUCCCAGCGCAUUUUUUCGUGUGGUCGAGCGAGCAGCGGUGCGCGAUAAAGGCUUGGCAUCUGCGUCUAAAAGAACGAGUCACGGGGGCACAAGCAUGAGCGGAAAGAACGACGUCAAAUUUGUUACCUUCUCACUUUCGCACGGAAGGCUCGAGAACCAGGCCCGUCUGCGAGAGUCACCAACUCAACGCGUUUCUCAACCGGCGAAUCAAGGCAGCUUUCCAGAUGCGAAUCCCGCGCAGACGGUGGUCCAAGAACGCUUGUCUCCAAUUGGGACAGACGAGAAGGUGGCUGUCACGUACACCUCUGUGCCUGUCGAUUCGAUAGACGACAUUUUUGCUGCUUCCGGCGCGAAGUACGUUCUACAUUUGAGCGACGAGAGCUGGACGUCUUACGCCCAUCUUGCAAUCAAAAAGCAACCCACGGGAGAGCAGGUGAAGAAAGCACACGGCACCUGGGCCAUGCAGUGGGACCCGCCGACGGGGGGUCGCUUUGUGAUGCAGCACGACAGCAAGAGAGAUGUUGCCGAGAUGAGAGACAGGGAAAAAAGUGCCCCGAUAGAAAUAACCCAGCGGAGCAAUCCCGAACUGCUACCGGACGGCUCAGGUGGAAAGCGAUACACCUACAUCGAUCUCUCUGUGUUGGACCCAACGUAUGGCGCGCCGACACACACAUCCUGCAAGGCGGGCUACAAAACUAGUCCCGACAAAGCAGUCGGGUUCUUUCUUCAACAAAAAGAGCGGACUAACGUACCUCUGCGGUGGCGGACUGCGCUUACGGCGGAAGAAGCUGGUGGCGCUAACGCACAAGGAGAAGGUCUCUCAUCUGCCAUCAAGCAUUUUCCACCCACGCAGGAGGUCCUGCUGCACGAUGCCAGGAAAGAGGACGCUGCAUCUCCGAACGCGCGGCUGCUCACUUCAACACGGGUGCGCAUUUUUUCAAAUUCUACCUUGCGCGACAACAUGCUGAAAGGGUGCUACGGCGAGAAGUAUCUAAUCCCCGACCACUUUUGGAAUCAGGAAAAGCAGCUCUGGGUAGUGGUGAAAUGAGGCGGUGCGCACGAGAGAGGGCGAGGACGGCAACAGCGUCGCAGCAGCCGAGCAAGAUGAUCGCGAAAAGGUGCACAUUUAUCCUUCGUUGUACGACUCGGGGAAAAUCGCGGACGGCUCUAUCGAUCUUUUUCUGUCUUCUCACGUUUUGGAACAUCUGGGGAACCUUCCACGUUUUCUGCGCAGCGAGCUCUAUCCGAAGAUGCGCCAUGGUGGAUUGGUCUUCUCGGAGGUGCCAGACCACGACCGGAACUACAUUUUGAAAACGUUUGGGGGACAGUUUUAUCUCACCUUCCCGACGCCGGAAGGAAUCGAGAACCUUUUCCGCGACGCAGGUUUCGAGCCGGUGAAAAGCUGGGUUGGAGACGGUGGGUUGCACAUCCGCACAAUGCACCGAAAGCCGGAUUUGGCUCAUCAAAAGAUUCGUGGCUCUGCAACUUCCUACCAGAAGGCGGGAUAAUGCAGGGACUGUGCUCGGCUCUGCGCUAGGUGCGGUUGGAUGGAGGCGGCGUAGUCCGGCACCUCAAUACAAUACAAUGCAAUACAAUAGUACAUCAAAAAAUUGAAUCAAAUGCCACAAUGGAAGCGGUGCUUGACUGUGAAGGAAAUGCUGUCGAUUGUUCGCAGGCAUACUUGACGCAUGGACAAAUCGUCCUGAAAAACGUGAGCUGUACAAACCGAUGACAAGGAAAAGGUAAGUAGCCAAAUAAUACUACUAGCGCGAGCACCUCAUAACGUGAAUUUUCAUCCCCUGCUUGAGGCUGAGCCGCCGACUGUAGUCUACUACCUGAUAUUACUCACUAAUGUUUCUUGUUUCUGUCAGUCUGUUUCUUUUUCGAGAUAACGAGCCGGACGAUGCGCGUCAUCUUAUAACAAAGCUAGACUCUGCCGGUCAUCUUCAUUAGGCACGUUGACGUUGUUGACGUUCAUGUUUUAUGGAAAUGCGUGAAGUGGUGCGCUGCUCCUGCUUCUAUGUUCUUUCUCCUACUGUGUCAGUAGGUACCCGCAUGCUGAUGCUGUCCUCUUGCUGGUGAUCGCGGUGAAAGUACGUAGCGGAUUUGUGUCGUGUAUGUAAGAACCAAUCCACGCGGCGUGCGCCGCGUGGGAAAAAAUAAAACAACUCUUCAGCGUCUGUGUCAAAUUCUGUCUGCCCUGAAAAAUUUUC